CCACAGCCAUGUCCCCAGGGUGGCUGGCUCUCGCCCUCCUGAGUGUGCUGAACCCAUGGACCCAGGCCUUCGACCCCCAGCUGGUCAAGUGUUUUGAGGAUCCCCAGUAUGGAGAACUGCUGCAGCUGGCUCGCAAGGGGCUGGGGCGCACAGCAAACGCCCGAAAGGUGGUGGUCAUUGGAGCAGGCAUGGCUGGGCUCACGACGGCCAAGAUACUACAGGAUGCUGGCCACCAGGUGACUGUACUAGAGGCCAAAGGGCAUGUGGGUGGCAGAAUAGAGACCCACCGAGUUCCUGGAGCGGACUGGUACAUAGAGCUGGGCGCCAUGAGGAUCCCUGUGAACCACAGGCUGUCUGGAGAGUUCAUCCAGAAGUUUGGACUUCCCCUCAGAGACUUCUGCCCCUCUGAUAACCAGACCUGGGUGCUGGUGAAUAGGGUGCGGCAGCGCUUGGGGGCUGUGCAGGCCAACCCCGACCUGCUGGGCUACAAGGUCAGAGCCCACGAGGCUGGAAAGACAGCAGAAGAACUCUUCAACGAGUCCCUGAGGAAGGUCUCCGAAGAGCUGAAGAGCAGCAGCUGCAGCCGGGUGCUGGAGAAAUACGACUCCUUCUCCACCAAGGAGUACCUGAUCAAGGUGGGGAACCUGAGCCGCGGAGCCGUGCAGAUGAUCGGGGAUCUGCUGAACGCUGACUCUGGCUACUACGAGGCCUUCGUGGAGACGCUGCGCGGCUUCAUCUUGUUCUUCCACGAGCCCCGGUUCCAGGAGAUCAUUGGGGGCUUCGACCAGCUGCCCCAGGCCCUACACAAUGCCCUCAAGCCAGGCACAGUGCGGCUUCACUCACCGGCGGAGGAGGUGCAGACUUUCAGAGACGGCGUCCACAUCAUCUACCGGACGCCCGACCCUCUGCAGCCCAGGGCACACCUGACUGCUGACUUUGUGGUGGUGGCCACCACUGCCAAGGCCGCCCGGCUCCUUCGUUUCCAGCCACCCCUGUCUCACAGUAAGGAGGAUGCGCUGCGCUUGGUCCACUACAACAGCGCCACCAAAGUGAUCCUGGCCUGCACACAGCGCUUCUGGGAGCGUGACGGCAUCUACAGCGGCAAGUCCGUCACCGACCGGCCCUCUCGCUUCAUCUACUACCCCAACCACAUCUUCCCCAAUGGCGUGGGUGUCAUCCUGGCCUCCUACACAUUGGACGACGAUGCCAGGUUCUUCUCUGCCAUGGACCAUGCGCAGGUGGUGAGUAUCGUCUUGGAGGACCUGUCUGCCAUCCAUGACUGCCCCAAAGAGGAGCUCCAGGCCCUGUGCCCUUAUUCCUUUGUCAAAAAUUGGGCCCUUGACCCCUACUCCAUGGGCGGCUUUACCUUCUUCACUCCCUACCAAUAUGUGGACUAUGCCAAGGAGCUCAGCCGGCCGGAAGGCCGGGUCCACUUUGCAGGCGAGCACACAGCCCUGCCCCAUGGCUGGAUCGACACGGCCAUCAAGUCUGGGCUUAGGACAGCCAAGAGCAUCCAGGUGGCUGCAGACCUGGCAGGGAAAGGGGAACCCGGUGACUCCAAGGAGCCCUCCUCCAGAAAUGAGCUGUAGCCAGCUUGACAGCACCAGAGGAAGGCCGGUCACCCAGGUUCACCAGGAACAGUCUCAGGUCUCACUGUCUCACUUCAUCUUGACCUCUGCCCACUGAUACCAGACUGAGAGGUGCCACCACAGGCCAAAGGGUAGAGUCUCUGGGACAUUUAUUCACCCAUGCCUUGACAGCAUCUCCACCACAGGGACUCCUGACAUGGUCAUUAGAACAGUAAAAUGUGCGCUGAAUUUAAGGCUGCCACCAAGUGCUUCAUCUCUGCUCUGGGUGGCAGCUAUUAUUAGCUUUCUCACCACUGAGACACGGCACCCACACCUGUGACUUCAAAGCAAAACCACAUGGUGGAAGAGCACAGUGAACCAAAGCUGGGUGCAGAGCAGGGGAACUAUACAACAAGGAGGCAUGGGGACCCCCAGGCCACCCCUCCCUGCCCCACCCAGACACAGCGCGCUCCACCACCUUCCCAGACCCCAGAGCCAGUCAGGUGGACAACUGCAGAUCCUACAGUCUGGUGCUGAAGGCCAGCUCCUCGCACUCCAGUCCCCUGCCUUGGUCUUCUGUUCUUUCCUGCUCCUUUAGCCCAGUCUGGCCCAGCACCCUUCCCCAUGUCCACCCUGAGACUCUUCCUAGAACUUGGGAACCUCAUUACCUGGCAGCAGCUGCAUGGCUAACAGCGUGCUCCUUGCCGAGCCGCGCUGCUAUGACCACCGCAGUGUGCGUGUCUCGUGCCACUCUGUAUGUGGGGCAGGAACACUGGCUCUGAGUUCAUGCUGGUCACAGAUGCCAUCCAAGGUGAUGCACAUGUGAACCUAACUUCAAAUAUAUUUCCAAAUCCUCUCACUUCUUUGAGGCUCUACCGCUCUGUCUUAUUCUUUUUGUGCUCCUAAGACAAUUA